AUGGCAGCAGAAGCAACGUAUCGGAGGCCCGAGAUCCGGAAAGACGCUAUCCACAACCGGUGGGUCAUAUUCUCACCGGCGAGAGCACGUCGACCUUCAGACUUCAAGUCCAAAUCAGACGCAAAUCCGAACUCCAAUAACCAAUCUGAAUGCCCCUUCUGCGUGGGCCACGAGCACGAGUGUGCGCCGGAGAUUUUCCGGGUCCCUCCCGACUCCACGUCCGACUGGAAAAUCAGAGUCAUCCAGAACCUCUAUCCUGCUCUCAACCGAGAACUCAAUUUUCCAAAAUGCCCUUCCGAUUCUAGUCAAUGUAGCGGCGACGUGGCUGUGAGCGGGUUCGGGUUUCACGACGUGGUGAUAGAGUCGCCGGUUCACCCGGUUCACUUGGCCGAUCUUUCUCCGGCUCAGGUCGGCGAUGUUUUGCUCGCUUUCAAAACCAGAAUCGACCAGCUUCGCACUUUGGAUUCCAUCAAAUAUGUUCAGGUGUUCAAAAAUCAUGGUGCGUCAGCUGGUGCAUCGAUGAGUCAUUCACACAGUCAGAUAAUGGCACUUCCUGUUGUUCCUUCCGCGGUCUCUGCACGCGUUGAAAGCAUGAAGGAAUUCUUUGAGCAGACAGGAAAAUGUAGCCUCUGCCAAGUCCGGAGGGACCAUUUAUUGAUUGAUGAAUCCACCCAUUUCCUAUCAAUUGUUCCAUUUGCUGCAACUUUCCCUUUUGAGAUAUGGACUAUUCCUCGAUAUCACUCUUCUCAUUUUCAUGAGCUAGAUAGCGACAAGGCAGUGGAUCUUGGAGGACUACUAAAACUUAUGCUUGUGAAGAUGUCUUCACAGUUGAACAACCCACCGUUCAAUUUCAUGAUUCACACUGCUCCACUUCAGGUCAACCCCUCACAAUUACCUUCCACUCACUGGUUUUUACAGAUAGUGCCCCAGUUAAGUGGUGUGGGGGGAUUUGAGAUGGGGACAGGGUGUUACAUAAAUCCUGUUUUCCCGGAGGAUGCUGCGAAAGUUUUGAGAGAAGUGCUCAUUGAACAAGAUUCAAGUCAAUGA